AUGAAAAAUAUCAGAUGUUUAUGAAACAUAUGCUAGUUUAAACUAGUGAUAUAAUAGAGGUUUAGUGUACUGGUCAGGUAUGCCCAGUGCUUAGCCUCUGCCUAAGGAAGGGCUUAAACUGUAUUGCUUCAUCUGUAAAGUGUGCCUACAAUAUUACCUUACCCAAGACAGCCAAUCAAAACUGAAAUCAGGUGAGAUGGUGUACUUCUGCUCCAAUUCCUGGCUCAUUUUAGCAAUAAUGUGGAACAUUGAGUCACUAACUACAAAUGUUCUGUCAGUGUCUAUGGUCACUCAGGAUUAGAGGCCUAAAGGGAGUCUGGUUCUGAGUUUUGUUUUCUUCACUCAGUUAGAUUUUGGGGAAACAAAGUGUGAAACACCUGAAUCUAGAAUUAUGUAAGUGUUUUUUCCCUUUACUCUGUUAUGACAGCUGUCCACAUGGAGAUGGAUGGAGAAAAGAAAUGAUUAAUUAGGGUAUAGGUGGAGAAAAAUCUUUGCUUAAUGUGCAUGUGUGUGUGUGUGUGUGUGUGUGUGUGUGUGUGUGUGGCGGGGGAAGGGUGCUGUGUAGGUAGAAGUGUAAAUUUACAUCAAACUUGAAAUGGAAGAUUAAUUACAUUACCUACGUGAAAUAUUUCAUGUGUGAGCUCAUUUCUGCUCUAGCUAAUUCUGUCCUCUCACCCACAUGCAACAAAUUACUUCCUUUUUCAUGUGUGACUGUGUUAAGUGUUCGGGCCCUGAAGAAUCUACAUGCACAGUCAUUCUUUCAAGUGUGGAUCUCAGUAUGACUUUAACCCCAAUUCAAUCUUUGUAUUUAAAAUUACUUUAAACAUUGUUACUUGUUUCAAUUAAUUCAGUAUCAUUUUAAUCUCUCUCUCUCUCUCUCUCUCUCUCUCUCUCUCUCUCUCUCUCUCUCCUCUCUCUCCCCCUUCCUCAUUCCCUCCUUCCCUCCCUCUUGGACCCUUUCUUCUCCUGCCUUUAUUUUUUUGUCUCCUAUCCAUUCUACUGUAACUCGCUUCCCUUUCCCCAUAUCUCCUCUCUAUUUAUUUAAAUCCUUAGAGGAUAUACUAAUAAGUCACAAUUGUAGCAAAGUUCAAAAUUCCAUGGGAAUUCUUCAGGCUAUACAAGCUUAGGAUAGGGAGUCUACUUGAAGACACUUGAUUUACAUUAUUUCUGCAAGUAAGAAUCAUCAGCGAGAUUAGUAUUAAUUCAUGCUGUAAAUGCACGCAUUAGCUAAAGGCUGGUUUUCCACCCAUGGGCCCAGGCAUUGCUAUUUUGUUUUUUAUUAUUAGUCUGGUUAAGUUGGGAACAAGGUAGUUUUCAGAAGCAGGAUUAAUAACCAUGGAGGAUUCUGGAGACUAUAUUCUUUCAAGUACUGGAUAAUUACAGAAUGUAAACACAUUUUAUUGCAACGUUAAGUCUUUCUCUAAUGCCUUAUCCAUUCCACAUUUUGUCAAACAUCAUGCUGUAUUUUCUUAAUUUUAAUAGAAUGAAAUUUAAGUUAUUUGUACAAGAAUGAGAGUAGCUCAUAAGUUAGUUCAGCUGCUAGAAGCCCCUCCAAACCUGAGAAUCUCAGAACCCACACUAGAGACAAGGAUUAACUCUUAAGUGUUACCUUCUGAGUCUACAAAUGUAGUGUAGUAUGAGUGUGUAAGUGUGUGUGUUUAUGCAAAUGCUUGUACAUACAUACUCCAUGUAUACACAUAAUGAUCAUAGAAAACUGGUAAAAGGAAUGAGACACAUUUAGGAUGAAUGUUUUAAACUGAUCGUUGUCAUGGUUUAGCUUUCAGAUGUGGGAUGGGGGGUUGGUGGAGGGGUUAACCGGAAAGUGGGAUAUCAUUUGAAAUGUAAGCGAAUGGAAUGAUUAAUAAAAAAAAUGGUAACAGCAAAAAAGUUAGAUUUCCUAAAUGUGAGUAUUAAUAUUGAGCUCAGGAUUAACAUUGAAUUUAUACAUACUAUAUAAUUAAGAGUAUAUGACUUCACAUUGAUAUUUUAUCUUCUGCUUUUCUCUACUAAGUGUCUGUAGUCCUUCCCGAUCACUGAUCUUCUAGAAGUUGAUUCUAUUAUAUCAUAUUUUGUUGUGUCUUGAAUUUCCUUUAAUACUGAGAACUGUUUUAAUACUAAAACACAACAAUAAAGCUCUUCAAAAUCAUAAAGAAACUGAAAACAUUAAAGUUUCCCUGCCAAGUUAAAGUGGUUACAUUAUGCAUGUUUAAACGUCUAGUUCUGAUGUUCCCUGAGCCAUGCUGUCUUGAAGCUGUACCUUUUCUGCGUUCAGCAGACCUUUAGCGGGGUCAGUGGUAUUCUGUGACAUAAAGCCAAAUGAGACUGGGAAAUUCAGUCCAAAUGGGGCAGAUGCCAUCUUCUGGUCCAUGUAAGGUCUCUUCGAGCUCUAAUUGCUAAUAUCCUUGGUGGAUAUCUGGGAGGUGUGCAGAGUAUACAGUUUCAACUCCGCUUAAUUUGAUCAAGGACUUGUCUUUCAUUUCUCUUUUAGAAGUCAGUAUCAUGAGAAGAACAUAAGAGAAGUUUUUUGGGUUUCGUGUCAUCUCUGUUUAAACAGACACCCUCUCAAAAUCCCAGACAGAACUUAGCUGACUACGGGGUGAACAGAGACAGAAUAUUCCCAUAAUAUUUUCAAAAUUGAUUUUCUUUCAAAAAUGAUUCACAUAAUGGAAACUUUCUAGGCACAGUCCUCCAAUUCUGCACUGAUUUUGUGUGUACUUUUAUGCAGAGAACUUUAACUUUCUAGAUGACAGAGAACUGUGUUUUGUUCCACGUCACUAUGCUCUGUUGCUUUCAUAAACAGACCUAUCUUUAAAUAAUUGGUUUAUUUUAUUUCAUAUGUAUCCAUGUUCAGUUUACAUGUUUGAGGACCAGAGGUCACAAAAGAACAUCAAAUAUCCAGGAACUGAAUUACUGAUAGCCGUGAGCUGCCAUAUUGGUACUGGAAACCAAACACAGACCUUCUGCAGGAGCAGUGUGUGUUCUUAACCUCUUCAAUCCUGUCCCCUGGUCCACAUGGAGAUAUUUAAAAUGGUAGUUUGCAUUCAAAGUAUAAUUGUACUUCAAAAGAGAAAAAAUUUCCUCCUCCUUCUGUCCUGUUCUCCUGCGAUUUCAUCAGAAGGAGAAUGAUGCUGGGUAAGUGUUUGAACUUCCCAGUGGAGGAACAAAACAACCAGAGAAGACUGAAAAAGAGGAAAGACUUUCCUUCCACAUAAUGUCAGAAGUGUUAGCAUGUGAUCACUGGGGCACAUGGGGCAACAAAGCUGCCUGCUUUGUGGCCGACAGAAAGCAGAAUCAAAUAGAGCAGGCAAUUUGGAAAGACACAGCCAUUCAUAGGCAAGACCUCCCUGACUUUCUUCUUACCAUGAGGCUAAGACUCUUGUAAUUGCUACUGUUCAGUUAUAGUUCAGUUAUAGAUCCUCGUGAAUUGAUUACACGGACACUAAAUAGGAUUGUAUCUAAAACAAAAUAAAUAUCGUGUCACGGACCUGUUUAUUUCAGUACGUGAAAGUUUGUUGCAAGUGCUAUAUAUUGGCUGAGAUUAAUCUGGCAAGGUAAAGACUGAUAGGUUUUAGGAAGCAUGGAAGGAAAACAUCCAUUCUGUUGUGUGGAUGUAUUAUCAAAUAUUCAUGAUGGCUGUGCCAUUAACUGGUGGACACUUCUGUGGUUCUGUCGUUAGGCCAUUUGUCCUGAGAUGGGUGCAGGCCUUUUAAACUACUUCCUAUUGUAUGGUAAGGACGAGCUGGUUUCUAAGUUACUUCUCCGUUUCAUGAGGAAGAGCUAUUGCACAUGAUGGCACAAGCGCACUUCCCUUCAUCUUGGAGAGAGAAAAGUUGUCGGUCUCUCCUUUAUGUACAUACAGUAUAGUACCUAUUGGUAUAUACAGUACCAGACACACAGUGUCUUGUUAGCAUCGAUCGUCAGUUUAUCUUUAAGUCUUAUGUUCAGUUUGGCACUCUUAAAACAACAACAAUCAACCAACCAACCAAACAAAUAAAAACCACAGUGAUGAAAUUCUUGCCGUGGCUUCAUAGUGCAUUGAAAACUGGGCUAUCUCCCCACCAUGCCCCGACCAGAGUCACCACACUGCAUUCUGUAUUCUGUGUGUGUGCAGUCACUUUACUUUAUCAAGUGGAUUAACACUCCUUGGCACUGAUUUCUUAAAGGAAACAGCUGUUUAUAGCCUGCUAUAUUAGCGGAUUGAAUUAGUGAUUGAAAUGUCCUUUGUUUCAUGACAGACUGGAAACAUAGUGACUGCAACAAAUAAAAAUUAAACCGCUUUUAAUAAACAAAGGUCAUUUCUAGCAAAUGCUAGAAAGUAAGGCAAAUAUUCACACAAAGACAGAGCGUGGCUCUUUUUGUUAUCACGGAGAUCCAGCUUUCAUAUAAUGUAGUGUUAAUUCACUCCGUAGCCAUCCUGAUAAGUAGAUUCACUAAUAUGCUGUCAUAAGGUACUCUUUUGGAACUUGACACCAUGAUUGGUGCUUUGCCCAAGGACCAGUUGAUUUAUAAGUUUAGCCAAGAGGUAACGGGCAAAGUUAAGCUUGCUCAUGUGCAAUUAGUUGGCCAGGGUAAUUUGUGGUUCAGCCAGAUUAGUUGGUUUACAUCAACAGUUUUCACUGUAGACAUUUUUGUUUUCUUUGAAAAAAAUAUUGAAAACCACAUGAGUGUGUUACUGUGAGGGAAUUAUCCCUCUCUGAUGUCGAUACUCCAAGACACACAGUUGUUCUUUAGUUAUUCCACCUAGUGGAAAUAAUGCAUGCUUUAGUGUUUUCCAGAUAGGAUUUAAAGUCAGAUUUCUACCAUAAAGCCUUUGGAGACAAAAUAUAACUGUUUCAAAAUUUUCUUCUAAAAACCAAGUAGUGGGUGUAAAUUUUUAGUGUGCAUGCAUAAAGACUCAUUUUUACAAACAUCAUAUUUUACUAACUUACCUCGUGAUCCCUUUUAACAUAGACUAAUGGCUUUGCAAUGAUAUAUUUAAAUUAUAUGGAACACAGUAUGAUGAAAUGAUUGCCUAAUGUAUAUGUGACUCAAAAGUUAUCGAAUGAGGCCACAUAAAGGGUUUGCAUUUUAUCUCAGGGUGGUUUAGUAGUUCUAUUGUCUGAAUGAUUAUUGAUUAACUUUGUAUUUGGAGGUAUGUUACUAGAAGUAAUCAUUUUAUAUUUCUUUGAUCUGAAGUGAUAAGAGAUUUAUUUUAUGGGAGAUCUCUGAAGGUGAUGGAAUUUAAAUCUCAAAAGGAUUUAAAAUCUCCCGAAAUCUCUUUAAAAAUGUAGGAAUGAUAAAGCUCCAAAGUCCAAAUUAAAUAAAAAUGAAUAUUAAAGGACCGGGUUUGACAUGGAGCUUAUGGAGUUAGAAACUCUCCCUGCCCCUAGCAAAGAGAGUGUUCUACCGUUGAAGUCUUGUCCUAAAAUUAGAAGGAAUAGAAGACAUUUAAACUCCUUCAGUAAUGCUUGGGUCUGUGAAUUGGAUAAACAGUGUCCCUUGCAUUUUAUAGUUCACUUAAGCAGUCUGAUUUUGAUCUGUAUAUGUGGAGUAGACAGGAUACAAGUGGUUCCCCAUCCCCCCAAACCAAUGAGCAGAUACAUAUGUUCCUUAAAGAAGAAACUUCCCGUGUUCAUAUGGAAGCUAUCUAGCUUGCUAUAGGUCUGAGACUUGACCUCCCUUUUAUUUUGCUAUCAUUUGCUUAAUUCUUUAGAUUCUUUGUGGUAGACUUUUGAUCAAAAGAAACUUUUUAUUCUUCUUUAUCUCCUUUUAUUUUUUUCAUAAAAGCUACAAGAAAUGUGUAAUUAAUAACUUUGUUCUUUAUGUUAGUGAUACGAGCAAGUAUGGUAUAAAACAUUUUAUUAUUAAUGAUUAGAGCAUGAUGACUUCUUCUUGUGUUUUACUUUGAUUUCAAGCACUUGAAAGUUUUAUUAUCUGGAGAAAAAGAACAAGUCAUCUGGUGUUACAUAUUCUGAAAACCAGAACAGCUACUUGUCCUACAACUUAAACUCAAUGGGAUUCCAGGCAGAGGUCAGAUCACACAGUCCAGUCCCUGAAUAUUUGCAAUGUAGUUGGGAAUAUAGUUUGCAUAUGUCUACAUGUAUAUUAAUGUAUACGUAGGUUCAUGCAUAAAAUGACAUUUAGAAAGCUAGUGAAAGAAAAAAAAUUUAAAUAAUCAUUUCACUUGAUUUUUAUAUUGUUUUUCUCUUGGAAGUUAAAGCUAAUGAAGACAAGCAAAUCAUGCCUGUGUGUUUGGUUCACAGCUGAUGCUGAAUGGGGAAGGAAGUCCAUCAUUGAGUGAAGGACAUCUGUGUCCGUGUGUGUUUAUGUCUCUCUCUCUCUCUCUCUCUCUCUCUCUCUCUCUCUCUCUCUCUCUCUCUCUCUCUCUCUCUGUGUGUGUGUGUGUGUAAUCCUAAGCUAGGAGGGGGUUAUCUCAAACCUAUUGGUGCUGUAAAUCAAUCUAAAAGAGACAGGUGACUCGUUCCUACUCUUCCUUUCCUUUUUUUUUUUUUGUUUCUUUUAUUUGAGGCCAAGGUAGUUGAGACAACAUACAGGUAACAUUCUGUACUUCCAAAGUUUCACAUUCAAUGGAAACUAAUCCUAGUUUUCAGCAUACUGAAUGUGAAUUCAGUUUUCUUCAAGUUACUGUAAAAAUUGAUUUCUCUGGUCAGGCAGUUUGAGUAUUGGUUGCAUGGAUAGUAGGGCUAAGAUCAUUUAAUAAGAGUAUGAGUGCAUAUAUCGAUGUACAUGUGUGUGGGCAUGUAAAUAGAUUCACAUAUCUGUAUUUAAAUGUGUAUGCACAUAUAUGGCAUAGAGAUAAGUCAUUAUUGGUGAAUUUCACUGUCCAGAUAACAGAAGACUUAAUUCUCCUGUUUCUGAGAAGAAGCCACCUGGAGAAAAAGAUUCAUAUCUUACACAGACGAUUCUUUUUUAUACUUAUUUCAAUCAGUGAAAUGAAGAGUGUUAUGUCUUAAACUCUAAUGUUAAACGUUUCCACAGCACAAAUCUAAGUGAUACUAUAACACAAAGCCUUAUUCUCUUAUAUUUUCAAUAAUUGUUAACUGUAAGAAUGUUUUUAAGUCUAUUGUCCUAAUUUAGAAUUUAGUGAAAUUAGUUGAGGGUAGAACUUAGGAAUUUUGCGACAGGUAUGUUUCUAUCUUAGGACAUACUGGGCAUACUGUUUAACUGUCUUGGCAGUCAGGUUAGACGACCUAAUUAAGAGGGAUUUGUGUUUCUGUGUGUUGAAGAUGGUGUAGUUAUACACAGUGCUUACCGUUCUCUCAUUUGUUAAUAGUUCUGCUUCUCUCAAUUAUGCUGAAGUCUUAAAUGAUCACUUUAGACUCCCUUGGUCCAUUUCCCCUCUUAACCUCAUUAUUUAAAAAUCUGCCUUACAGUGGAUCUCCUUUAACAAGCAUUUUGAAUUUAUUUGUUCUUUUAGUUUAAAAGAGGACUAUUGCUAUGGAGUAGAAUGAAACAUAACUGGUGAUGUACCUUCAUUCAUGUGAUUGUCCGUUUUAAUGACUUCUAAAGUUCGUCUAGAAAAACCAUUGCUGGUGUGAACAAAUUUAGAUCCCCUCUCUACCCAGCAUUGAUAUGGUCCGGAAAAAGAACCCCCCUCUGAGAAACGUUGCUAGUGAAGGCGAGGGUCAAACCCUGGAGCCAACAGCUACAGAGAGCAAGGCAUCUGGGAAGAACAAAGAAUUUUCUGCAGAUCAGAUGUCAGAAAAUACAGAUCAGAGUGAUGUUGCAGAAUUGAACACGAAGGAGGAACACAGCACGCAUGGCCAAGAGCCGUCUUCGAGCAGUAAGAAGGACUUGCAAAUCUCAGGCCUGAGUGAGAAGGCUGGCUUCAAUUAUGAAAGCCCCAGUAAGGGAGGGAACCUUGCCUCCUUCCCACAUGAUGAGGUAACAGACAGAAAUAUGUUGGCUUUCUCAUCUCCAGCUGCUGGGGGAGUCUGCGAGCCCUUGAAGUCUCCUCAAAGAGCAGAGGCAGAUGACCCUCAAGAUAUGGCCUGCACCCCAUCAGGGGAUUCACUGGAGACAAAGGAAGAUCAUAAAAUGUCACCAAAGGCCACUGAGGAAACAGGGCCAGUGCAGAGUGGUCAAGCCAAUUGUCAAGGUUUGAGUCCAGUUUCCGUGGCCUCAAAAAACCCACAAGUGCCUUCAGAUGGGGGUGUCAGACUGAGUAAACCCAAAAGUGACUUACUGGUGAGUGACAACCCAGACCCGGCACCUCUGUCUCCAGAGCUUCAGGACUUUAAAUGCAAUAUCUGUGGAUACGGUUACUAUGGCAAUGACCCCACAGAUCUGAUUAAGCACUUCCGAAAGUAUCACUUAGGACUGCAUAAUCGCACCAGGCAGGAUGCUGAGCUGGACAGCAAAAUCUUGGCCCUUCAUAACAUGGUGCAGUUCAGCCAUUCCAAAGACUUCCAGAAGGUCAACCGUUCUGUGCUUUCUGGCGUGCUGCAGGAUAUCAGCUCUUCACGGCCUGCGCUACUAAAUGGGACCUAUGAUGUACAGGUCACUUCAGGUGGAACGUUCAUUGGCAUUGGACGGAAAACUCCCGAUUGCCAAGGCAACACCAAGUAUUUCCGCUGCAAAUUCUGCAAUUUCACUUACAUGGGCAACUCGUCAACUGAACUAGAACAACAUUUUCUUCAGACUCACCCGAAUAAAAUCAAAGUGUCUCUCCCGUCCUCCGAGGGCGUGAAAGCUUCAGAGAAAAACUCUAACAAAUCCAUCCCUGCGCUUCGAGCCAGUGACUCUGGGGAUGUAGGAAAAUGGCAGGACAAAAUGACAGUCAAAGCUGGAGAUGACACCCCUGUCGGCUACUCAGUGCCCAUCAAGCCCCUCGAUUCCUCACGACAAAAUGGUACAGAGGCCACCAGUUAUUACUGGUGUAAAUUUUGUAGUUUCAGCUGUGAGUCAUCUAGCUCGCUUAAGCUGCUAGAACAUUACGGCAAGCAGCAUGGAGCAGUGCAGUCGGGCGGCCUUAAUCCAGAGUUGAAUGACAAACUUCCCAGGGGCUCUGUCAUUAAUCAAAAUGAUCUAGCCAAAAGUGUAGAAGGAGAGCCAUUGACCAAGCCAGAAAAGGGCUUGAGUGGGGCUAAAAAGAAGGACUUCCCCAGCAAGGGAGCAGAGGAUAAUAUGGUAACGAGCUAUAACUGUCAGUUCUGUGACUUUAGAUAUUCCAAAAGCCAUGGCCCUGAUGUGAUUGUAGUGGGUCCACUUCUCCGUCAUUAUCAGCAACUCCAUAACAUCCACAAGUGUACCAUUAAGCAUUGUCCAUUCUGUCCCAGAGGCCUUUGCAGCCCAGAAAAGCACCUUGGAGAAAUUACUUAUCCGUUUGCUUGUAGAAAAAGUAAUUGUUCCCACUGUGCACUCUUGCUGUUACACUUGUCUCCUGGGGUGGCCGGAAGUUCCAGAGUCAAACACCAAUGCCACCAGUGUUCCUUCUCUACCCCCGAUGUAGAUGUGCUCCUCUUUCACUAUGAGACCAUGCAUGAGUCCCAAGCAUCGGAUGUCAAACAAGAGGUAAACCACCUGCUAGGAUCUGAAGGGCAGCAGGCUGCCAGGGACAGCAAGGAACACUCGUGCACCAAAUGUGAUUUUAUAACCCAGGUGGAAGAAGAGAUCUCUAGACACUACAGGAGAGCACACAGCUGCUAUAAAUGUCGUCAGUGCAGUUUCACAGCUGGUGACACUCAGUCACUGUUGGAGCACUUCAACACGGUUCACUGCCAGGAACAGGAAGUAGCUACUGCUAAUGGCGAAGAGGAUGGCCAUGCCAUACCCACCAUCAAGGAAGAGCCCAAAAUUGAUCUCAAGGUCUACAGUCUGCUAAACCCAGACUCUAAAAUGGGAGAGACAGUUCCCGAGAGCAUAGUUAAGAGAGAGAAACUUGAUGACAAGGAAGGGCUAAAAGAUAAAAUCUGGACGGAGAGUUCAACUGAUGACCUUCGUGGUGUGACUUGGAGAGGAGCCGACAUCCUACGGGGUAGUCCAUCCUAUACUCAAGCAAGUCUGGGGCUCUUGACGCCUGUGUCCAGCUCCCAAGAGCAGACAAAGACUCUGAGGGACAGCCCCAAUGUCGAAGCUGCCCACCUGGCCCGACCUAUGUAUGGCUUGGCUGUCGAUACCAAGGGCUUCCUGCAAGGGGCUCCUGCUGGUGGCGAGAAGUCUGCAUCUCUCACUCAGCAGUAUCCUGCUUCUGGAGAGGGCAAGACCAAGGACGAAUCCCAGUCGCUGUUACGGGCUGUGACAAUCUCCGGAACACCAAACAGGAGGAGGCGAAGAGGCUCUGGUGUUUUUUGUGCCAAUUGCCUGACCACAAAGACCUCUCUCUGGCGAAAGAAUGCAAAUGGCGGAUAUGUAUGCAACGCAUGUGGCCUCUACCAGAAACUUCACUCGACUCCCAGGCCUUUAAACAUCAUUAAACAAAACAACGGCGAGCAGAUUAUUAGAAGACGGACAAGAAAGCGCCUUAACCCAGAGGCACUUCAGGCUGAGCAACUCAACAAACAGCAGAGGGGAAGUGGGGAGGAGCAGGUCAAUGGAAGCCCCUUAGAGAGGAGGUCAGAAGAUCACUUAAGUGAAAGUCAUCAGAGAGAAAUUCCACUUCCGAGCCUGAGUAAAUACGAAGCCCAGGGUUCAUUGACUAAAAGCCAUUCUGCUCAACAGCCGGUCCUGGUCAGCCAAACUCUGGAUAUUCACAAAAGGAUGCAGCCUUUGCACAUUCAGAUAAAAAGUCCUCAGGAAAGUACUGGAGAUCCAGGAAACAGUUCAUCCGUAUCUGAUGGGAAAGGAAGUUCUGAAAGAGGCAGCCCCAUAGAAAAGUACAUGAGGCCUGCAAAACACCCCAACUAUUCUCCACCAGGCAGCCCCAUCGAAAAGUACCAAUACCCACUUUUUGGAGUUCCUUUUGUACAUAAUGACUUCCAGAGUGAAGCUGAUUGGCUACGGUUCUGGAGUAAAUAUAAGCUCUCUGUUCCUGGGAAUCCGCACUACUUGAGUCAUGUGCCUGGCUUACCAAAUCCUUGCCAAAACUAUGUGCCUUAUCCCACCUUCAAUCUGCCUCCUCAUUUCUCAGCUGUUGGAUCAGACAAUGACAUUCCUCUAGAUUUGGCGAUCAAGCAUUCCAGACCUGGGCCAACUGCAAAUGGUGCCGCCAAGGAGAAAAGCAAGGCACCAUCAAACGUAAAAAAUGAAGGUCCCUUGAAUGUAGUUAAGACGGAGAAAGUUGACAGAAGCACUCAAGAUGAACUUUCAACGAAAUGUGUGCACUGUGGCAUUGUUUUCCUGGAUGAAGUGAUGUAUGCUUUGCAUAUGAGUUGCCAUGGUGACAGUGGACCUUUCCAGUGCAGCAUAUGCCAGCAUCUUUGCACGGACAAAUAUGACUUCACAACACAUAUCCAGAGGGGCCUGCAUAGGAACAAUGCACAAGCAGAAAAAAAUGGAAAACCUAAAGAGUAAAACCUUAGCACUUAGCACAAUUAAAUAGAAAUAGGUUUUCUUGAUGGGAAUUCAAUAGCUUGUAAUGUCUUAUGAAGACUUAUUAAAAAAAUAAUUCAUAGAGCCUGCCUUACCCAACAUGAAAUUCCCUUUUUCUUAAUUUCUUUCUUUUGAUGAGUAGGUUACCAAGAUUUUAAAAUGAAACAUAUGGUCAGUGAGAAAGAAUGGAAUUGAUAGAUAAUUUUUUAAAAAAAAAAAAGGAGAACUAGAGUGAAAAUGAUCUUACCUAAUGUGUACUGCUGAAUCUCUGUACAGAGGCCCAACCAAAUUAUAGCCAUUUGUUUGUAAAGAUACAAAUGCUCUCUAUUGUUUGAAGGAGUUUACAUACUAUCAUGUGACAGCAGUAUUAGGCUGGCUAUUGGCCCAUCCAUUCAGAUUAGGUUGCCUACAACUUAAAAUAUCAUGAGAUCUCAGCCAAAGGAGGAGAAAAAAAAAUCUCCAGGGCAAUGGAAGAAAAAAUGGCACCUCUCAAAGUAGGCUCCUCUCAUUGACCAUGUUUCAGAUUUAGACCUCAAAAUGUGAACUGGUUAGGCUUGUUGAGCGAGCAGUAAGAAUCGUGACAGUUGGUGGCACAAUGCUUUUUGGCCAGCCCUGCCUGUACACACACAUGCACACCCUCCUUGAUACUUUCGUCCUUUAGAUGCUCCAGUACUUGGUAGUCAUUUGUUUUACAGUUUAGAUCCAUUUUGUUUCAAAUCUAUCCACUCUUAAAACAAUGUCCUUAGUGCUUUAGGUAGUAAUUUUUUUUGCCAGAUAUUUCUUUCUUGUUUAUGAUGAACUGGUUUGGAAUAUUUUUUUCAACCUCCUGUUGGUCACUAAUCUCUCUUGGCACAUUGUAACUAAAGCAAUCCCCUCACUUCAAACGACCAGAUAAGUACAAAUGUCAGGCCAUGGCUUUAAUUUGUUGAGAACACAUGGUAUUUCUCCACAAGGUAACCUGCUGUAUUUAUUUAUUUUCUUUUGGUUAAAUAUAAUGUCCAAACUUUGUGGUCAGGCAGCAUGCAAGGUUACGUUACCACAGACUGACAGUCGGUCUAUGCCAAUCAAUCCCUUCAUUAGACUCACACAGAUUUAGUUAAGUAGCAGUAAGUAGGAUUCUUAGAAGUAUGUCUUCAUAGUACUUUUAAUACUUAAGGCUUUGUAAAAAAAAAAAAAACUAUCCAUGAAGGGAGAGCUCCUCAGCAUAACUGCUCAGGGAAAUAGGGCUAAAUAAUUGAACAUUAAAUAAUUGGUUUAAGGUGCUGUUAGUCGAGCCUCAAUGCUUGCUACAAGGAUGUAUGUACAAGGACUGACUUUAAUAAUUUGCAUUAUAUUGUCCCAACCAGUAGUUUAUUUUUUGCCACGGAGAUGUAGAAGAUAUUACAAGCUACUGGAUGCACUGUCAGAUUAACUUAUUUCAUUAAAGAAGUUGGGAGAACAAAAAGGAAAAAAACUUAUUUUUCUAGUAAAUAUUAAUGUAUUACAUUUCAAAUAAUGGUGCCUGACAUAUUGAAUAAUUAUUUUCUACAGUGUACGUAUGCAACAAAGAUAUCCCAUCAUGCAUUGGAGUCAGUCCUGGCUCUGCCUAGGUGUUUACAUUUGCAAAUGUAGCAAACAAGGUAAUGAAGCAACUAUUUCUAUUGCAGUAGGGAUCUCUAGUGUGUAUGUGCGUGCGUGUGUGUAUGUGUGCAUUAAAGUUGUAAACGGUAACAUGAAACAAAGGAAGUUCUCAAUGUAACGGUGUGGAAAACAAGAAGGAAAUGAAAAUAUUUUUAUGCCUACUUAGGAUACAAGGGUAGCACUAUUCAUUCCAAGUACUUUCUUUUUUUUUGUUUGUUUGUUUGUUUUUUAAUUUUAAGCUCUUAACUCCCAUUGUUAUGCUUAAGAUGAUAAACAUAUAUCCUCUUUUUAUUGCUUUGUCUAUGUUUCAGGUGAAACAUUUCAGAGAUUAUUUUGAUAAGUGUUGCUGGACUCUGCAGCACGGAUGUUUUUAUUGCAUUCUGUAGUGCCAUUUGCACUCCAGUUUUACAUUAAUUCGCAGUUGCUUCUGUGUUGUUCUGUUGGGUUGGGUUUGGCUUCUUUCUCACGAUGCGGGAGUCUCAUUUCUUAGAGUUGGAUGGCAGGUAGAGCUAACCAGUCUGUGACUGUUACAGCGAAUGAAGUUAAAUAUACCUUCCUGAUGCUAUGUUGUCCUCAUCUUCAUUCUUGCAUUUUUUUGUUGUUUAUUUUCAUGUUUUAAAAAAAUGGAAAAAGAAAAGAAAAAAAAAGAGAAGAUCGAGAGAAAGAAAAUCAGGACUAAGUCCUCUGCUUUGGUUUUCAUUGUUAAAGGACCCUGUUUUAUUCUUACCUGUCUGUGGGAUAGCUCAAAUGUUCACAAGAACUGAAAUAAAGAGGAGGAAUGAGGAGCUUUGACAUUCAAACGACUUGAUAUAAUUUAUCUUUCUUACGAUUGUGGUGGCUGCAUCUCAGAAUAUAGAGGGCUAUCUGAGAGGAGUCAAAGAUCUAAAAAGGAGAUUUCCCAAACAACAAUAUUUAACUUCCUUAAUAACAUGAACGUUAAAGUGCACUGUACUGAUCCUCAAGGCUCAUUAUAUGUGGACUGCCCAAUUCAACAACAUACCAGAAAUUUGGUCAACUUGGGCAAUCUUGCACAUUACAUCUUUGGUAUCCUUAUGCAAUUUCUUCAGUGUGUUAGACACGAGUAGAUUUUUCCUUGUGGCAUGUAUGCCUUUUGUUUUUUCAUUCCAUUGUUUUCUUAUUUUUUCUCAGUCAGACAUAGUAGAAAUGAUUAGCAUUGGAAGAUACAUAUCACUGUUCUUGGAAUAUUUAUGGUCAGUCUACUUUCAGUAGAUUAUCUUUUGGAUAGCAUUGGCAUGUUAGAUCUUAUUCCGUAUUCCUUUAUUAUUAAUUACUUUUAUUUUCAUGUUUGUUUAUGUUAUGCGUAUUUUGGUUGAGAAAAGUUGGGCCUUAAAAAAUGAUGGACAUUGAUAAUAACACUAAAACACUCAUUUUUUGAUGACCUAAAGUUUUGAUUCCAUGUUUCAAACUGUAUUUAAAAAUGAGUUAUAUUUUUAAAGGCAUUUGAAGACUUUUGUCUUAAAUUGUGAAGGAUUUUCAGUGAGGUAUUUAGGUAUUUAACCUUUUUCGAAGGAUUUUUAAGAUGAAUUUGAAACUUUUCACUCUUGGAAAAGUCUUCUGGAUAUACCAUCUAAAGUACUGUGUGCCAUUUCAACCCUUCCAUUCUCCUCAAGCUAUUUUUCAGUUCUCUACUGAGCUUUGGCUUCAACUGGGCCAAAACCAGCUCGUGCACACUCUUCCUUUUCUUACUUCUCUCUCACCUUCACUCACCCCAUGAAAGGACGGUUGUUUGGGAUAUAAACCAUAAGGAGCCAGCCCACCUCAGAAAAUUGUGGACUGAGAGACACUACAAUGACUCUAAGAACAAGAGAACAGGUUGGAGCUCACAGAGUUAAUACGUUCUCUCUGUUGUUCAAACGACAAAGAGUUGACCAGUUCUCUCUACGUAACAUAUUGAGAUGUUUUGUUUGUUUCAUUUUGUUUUGUUUUGUUCAAUCCACUUUUAAGAUAGUGACGUUCUGUCCUAAACUAUUCUCUUUUAGUAAAGGUAGAGUGUAGGAAACAAGCACGGGGAUUCUUUUCUAAGAUAAUAAGGAGAAGAAGACGGUGAUAAUCUUCAAGAGCUUGUUAUGGAAGCCUGUGGUAGCACACCCUGUUUAUGAUUGCACAUGUGCACAUAAUCUAUUAUGAUCUAAUGCAAAUACAGCUCCCAAAACAUUAAAUGUACAUAUAUAUUUUAAUUGCCUGGGGAAAUUUUUCUUAAUAAAUUGAAGAUGAUCCGUACUGCUAUCAAAAUAAUUAUUACCCUCUUGCCUUGCGGCUGCAAAACAUCACAAAGUGACCGACCUGUCUUGAGACUCUUGUGCUGUCUGCCUACCUAGUUAACAAACAUUAACAUCACUUUAGAAGUGGGAAUGUCUGCCAUCUGGAGGUGGAGUUGUGGAGUGACUCUGCUGGUAGUCUGGUGGUCAUGCUGCCUCCAGGCCACAGUCCAGCCUCUUGCCCACGGUUGAGAUGAAUUACACUCUGUCUUUGGUUUGAGGGUCGCACCAAAAAAAUACCUUGUGGCAUCUUUGGUUAGCUGGUAGGUGAAGGCUUUCUGACUUUGCUAGAGAAGGAGGGCUGAGGAACUGUACACCUUGAAUAUGAAACUAAAUGUACUAACCAAAGAAAGGUACUGUCAAGUGUACCAGGCUACUGAGUAUUAACUAACAGGGAUUAGAAAUAGACCCAUGGAAAGCCGCAUUCUCAUAGAUUUGGCCAAUCACAGGAGAGUAGCUUCUUUGUAGGGUGCUUGCUUGUUGUUGCUGGUUCAGAGUGUUCUUAUGUGUUUCUAAUCACAGUGCAGCAGUUCCUUGAGCGAUUCCACUUAUUCAGAGGCAUCGGACCCUCUGGAGGAGGCUAGGACAAAAAUGUGCCAAGGCAGGGAUGAAGAAGAGGUAAAAAUCAACAAUAAUCCAUAUAGGGAAAUGGAUAAAGUAUGCUCACAUAUUUCUCGAAAGAAAUCUUACUGUGUUGAGCUUAUGCUGUCCUGCACCAGAGACAAGAAUAAUUACCAUAAAAAGAAUGCUUAACCUUUCUCAGACCCACAAGGCCCAAAACUGGAUCCCGGUUUUACCCCAUUAUUUCUUCAAUACAAUGACUGCAAAAUAGAACUCUUUCUGUGCCUCAGGUUCCUCAGCUAUAAAAUGGAAAAGUAUAUUAAUAAUAAUAAUAUUAAAAUAAUAAUGGUAAUGUAGUACUUGUUUGUAAAGCACUUUGAGAUCCUUGGUUGGAGGGCACCAUACGAGUGUCAAGUAUUAUUAUGUGGCCAAGGGGGUUAUUUAAAACUCUGGUUCCCACAGGCCAAGAAAGUUUGGCAUCAUUUUUAUUAAAGAUGAGCUGUAGAUAUCUUUACUAAACAGCCUAUAGUGUUGGCUAUGAAGAGACAAGACUAUAACAAGGCUGAUAAGACCAUAGUUUUUUAAUGGCUACCAAAAAGGCACGGGUCACAAUAACAAAUGCUGAAUUCUUUAGGGUGUAAUAUUUGACAACAUGAUUGAUCUGGGGGGGAGGGGUGAAAAACAUCUCAAAAUGCCAAUGUAAAACUGACAGCAAUAUUCACCAGCAGAAAAUGUCUUUCAUAUGGAAUGAUUUCAUGUUGAUAAGAAAAAGCAUUCAAUUUGUAGUCCUGAUUUGAACACCAGACUGUGGGGUAUAAUAGUUCUGUUCUUACAACACAUGGAAUUUUUUUCAUUUUAUUUUAUUUUGUUUUCAUAGUGCAUGUUCAUUUCUACUCACAACAUGUUCUUGGUGUAUUUCUUAUGCAAACAAUCUUCAGGCAGCAAAGAUGUCUGUUACAUCUAAACUUGAAUAAUAAAGUUUUACCACCAGUUAUCCAUGACGGCUUUGGUAUGGUUUAUAUGGAUUUAUUUUCAUCCAGGAAGCAAUAGAAGCUACAGAUCCUUGUAACAUAUCAAUGAGCUCUGAACUUAAAUAAUGAAACUGAAAUCAGGUCGCCUAUUAAAAAAAAUAUCACUACGAUGUAUUAAGCUGGACUCUUUCAACAUGUUUUUUCUUUAACCAAUCUGUUACAGAUAGAUUUUCUGCUAAAAAAUUAUACUAUAUUUUUAGAAAGAUUGAUGAUACUCUUGUUUAUUUCAAAAGCAUAUUAAGCAUCCGACAUUGAGUGUUGCAUAUUGACCUGCUAAUAAUUACCUUCCAGUAUGUAAAUACUUCCUUUUAAGAAAUAUAACUUUGAUUCUAUUCAGUAUACCCAUAUGCAUGUGAUAUGAAGAUCUUGAUAAAUAUCUCAAAAUUAAAUUCAUAUUUUAAAACCA